UUUUCUAUCGUUAUCGGUGCGCGGUCACGCUGGUUUUGGACAGCGAGGACUGAAAAAGAACGCAUUUCUCGGCAGCUAAAACCAGGAAUUGCAAUUAGAAACAGGAUCCAGGUAACGCGCUCCAUCAGGACUAACCAGGAGUUGAAGGUUCUCCAUCGGGCGCAGCGCCAGCAGAAAAGGGGGACAAGCACAGCAUACAGCAACGACGACGACGGCGGCGGCCGAGAAGUAGCGGCGGCGGCGUUGGCUCUCCGUACUUCUCCCACUCUCUCUCACUCGCAGCCACUCAGCCAUAGGAAGGCGUGGAACGUCCGAGUUGCCCGCAACAACGGCGUAAGGCGGCGAACCCAUGGUCCUCGACAUGGAGUCGGACGAUUCUCGUGCCAGCUCUCCGUCCAACUCGUCGGAGUCUCGUUCCAAUUCGCCCGUUAAUUCCAAUAAAGAUCCUACCGAGCAGAAGGAACAGACCUCAGAAUCGGCUGGCGAACCAGUACUGGAUCGUUCUGUUCGAGCCGCCUCCACCAGCAGCUCCUCCUCCAACUCUAGCUCCAGUUCCAGUCGCAGUGAUCUCUCCACUAAGCAAAAGAAGAGCUCCAGCAGCAGCAGCGGCAGUGGCAGCAGUUCCUCCAGCGGUUCGUCUAGUGAAGAUGAGCCGGAACAGGAGCGGCAGCAGCAGCAGCUGCCGGAACAAGUGCCACAGCAGGAGCAGGCUGAGCCGGAUCCGGAGCCAGAGGCAGAGCCCGAGAUCGAGCCCGAACCGGAGCGAGAUUCAGAGACGACAACGGAACCCAUAACAGCUUCGUUGACCUCUAAAACCGAGCAACCUGGCUCACCGCCCAGCGCCAAAUCGUUCCACUCCUCCGCACGCAGUCGGAGCAAUAGUCCACGGCUGUACAACCAAGCGGCCGUGGAUCUCAACAUCAGUCAUGAGGAUCUGAGUGAUGUAAGCGAUAUUGAGGCUGAGGAGAAGCCGAAGAACUCACGCCGCCAGGCAGAGGAGGAGGAGGAGGCUGACGAGGAGGAGGAUGGCGCCCUGUCAGAUGACUCACUCUCGGCCAUGGACGAGGACGAGGAUGAGGUAAAACAGGUCAAGCAGAACGGGGGCCAGAAGCCAGCCAAGGCCAGCAAGGAUGCCAAGCUUGAUGGACGCACACCUGCCUCUGGCCUUGAGGAGGAUCUGGUCAAGACCCAUGACGAUGAUGCUUUGGACUUUGAAGCGGAGGAGGGCGAGUGCCCAGAGCAGAUCAAAGCCAGCGAAACAAAACAGGCCAAGACGUCGUCGGCGUCACCAAUGGAUGAGGGCGGAGCCGGGAACGAUGACAAGGAUUGCGUUGGCGGCGACAAAAACAUCGACACCGACGACGACGACGAUGAUGGUGAGGUGGAUGCCGACGAUGAUGAGGAAGCCAAAGGCAAGGCCAAAAGCAAGGCCAAGGAUGGCAUUGCCAGCAAUGGAAGUCUCGAGGAUGGCGAGGAUGAAGCCCAAGAUAAGGCCUUGUCAGCCACAUCAUCAGCCGCAGCAAAAAAGAAAAAGGACGAGGAGGAGCUGGAGGAGGGCGAGGUGUCUGACGAGGAUGAAAAGCGUCCCGAGGAAACGGAACCCAAGCCCGUGUGUCGUUUCUAUACGCGGGGUCAGUGCACCUGGGGGAUGAGCUGUCGCUUCCUGCAUCCUGGUGUCACCGACAAGGGUAACUAUACGAUGUUUGAGAGCCUCGUCCGUUCCGUGCCCAUGCAGGGCGGUGGAGCCUCCUCCUCCUCGGCAGCUGCUGCUGCUGGCUCCUCUAGCUCUGCAUCCCGGGCCAGCGCCUCUGCCUACAGUUCUCAUGCUGCUGCAGCCGCCGAUUAUCAUGACUAUAGGACUGAACGGCCAGCGCUGCUCCAUCGGCCGGCGCUACUCCAUUCGCCGAGCGUGUAUAGCGCUCACGAUGCCCGGUCUGCCUUGGUGCCGGAGGGGGGACCCGUGGUGGAGAAUGCCUGGGAACGGGGCCUCCGCACCGCCAAAGAGAUGAUGCGGAAGGCCAAUAAACGCAAGGAGCAGGACAUGGACUUUGAGGACAAGAAAAUGAACCUCACACUCUCACCGGACGAACUGGAGAAGGAUCCGUAUUACCUCAAGGAGCGAAGCACCAGCAUGGCCCGUUCCACACCGCCGCCACUACAAUCAUCGUCCCGCGAUCCAGCCCUACUGCAUCCGCUCAGCAUGCCGCUGUCCAUGCAUCCGCAUGCCGUUCCCCAUCCCCAUGCCCAUGCUCAUCCCAAUCCGCGUGCCCUUAUGCCGCUGCAGUACUCUGUGUAUGGACCGCCGGGUGAUCGCUACGGUCGGAGCCAGUAUAUGGCGCCGCAUCAUUACGAGGAUGUUGAUGCUUACGGGCGUAUGGCGCGGUAUCGUGAAUUGCCGCCACAUCGGAUGCCGCACUACGAGGAUGAUCGCAGGCUAAGGCCUGCGCGUGAGGUGAUUGUCCAGCGUGUGGAGGCAGCCGGUGGCCACGGGAUCCGUGGCGAUGAGUGGAGCGAUCCCUGGAUGCGUUCCAAGUCCAUGGGACGUGGCUCGUAUGAGCGUGAGGAGCGGCGGCGUCGGGAUCGUCGCAGCUACAGCAGCAACUCGUCCUACUCGACGUCGAAUAGCUCGCAGAGUGACUCCAGCUCGGACUCGUCGCGCUCGAGCAGUCCGCCGCCGGAUCACAAGCGGCGCUAUGGCAGCAGUUCGCACAAGCUGGCCGCCGCCGCCUCCUCGGCCUCCUCGGCGCGUCGUCUAGGCGGUCGGACGGCGCGCUCGCCCAGCCAGAUACCGCGACGUCCUAGGCACUCGUCCAAGGGCAGCCUCUCGCCUUCGUACAAGCGUCCGGCCAUGGACAAGCGAUCCGGUGGACAUAGUCCCGCCUCCAAGCGCAAGAAGCUCACCUCGCCGGCGGCCAAGAAGUUUGACAAGCUGAGACGUCGACACAGCUCCAGCUCAUCCGACUCAGAUUCAUCAACCACCUCGUACUCGGAAUCGGAAUCGGGAUCCUCGUCGUCGGGCAGCUCGUCGGGAUCGCGGGAGACACCCCAGAAGCGUGUGAGGGCCACCGACAAGGCGCUCAACGAGCGCAAACUAAUCAAGAAGCCCGUAGAACAAGUAACCAAGAAGCGUUCGCCCAUUUCCAUUGAGAUUAAGAAGGCAUCGAACAUGGUGGGAGUGUCGGCGCUGGCCUCGCCCAAUAACUCAGCCGAUUCUGACAAUGAGAAUGACCAGCAGCGGCAGCACACCGGAAAGGACAAGGAGAAGGAGCCACAGGUUAAGGACAAGGACAAGGAGGAGAAUGAUAAAGACAAGGAGACAACAAAGGAUAAGGUGAGGGAGCUGGGCCAAAACAUGGACGUUGGCAAGAAGUCACGCCGGGAGGAGCUGCUGAAGCAAUUGCGCGCCGUCGAGGAUGCCAUUGCCAAGAAGCGCUCAAGGCUGACCUAAGGCCCAUCAUUGUCUACGUCUCCUACUUCCUCCAAAAGAGCUCCCCUCCUUUACCCAAGGUCCCUCCAAAUCAUCCCAUCUUUCGGCAUCAAUCAAUACUUAGUGGUUAACGCAACAUUCGCAUCGGAUUCGAUAUAUGAAAGCCUCGUUCGCAGCGUUGGCAAUUUAUCAAUUCAAUGUAUUUUAGGCUUAAAGAUAAAAAAAAAUGUCCUAACUUUUUUUUUAUUUCCUCCGUUUGACACCCCCACCACAAGUGAUGGAGCAUUAACAAUUAAAAUUAUGUUUAUAAUAGAUCAUAAAUAAAGGAUGAUAAAAAACA